AUGCAUUCACAGCCAUUUAUAAGUAUUGUAAAUGGAGAUGUCAACAGUCUGCUCUUUGAAAAUCUGAACCCAGAUACAUUGUAUGAAGUCUCAGUUACUGCCAUCUAUCCUGAUGAAUCAGAAAGUGAUGACUUGAUUGGCAGUGAACGAACAUUACCCUUGGUACCUAUUACAACACCAGCCCCGAAGAGUGGUCCACGAAACCUUCAAGUGUACAAUGCAACUUCACACAGUUUGACUGUAAAGUGGGAUCCUGCCAGUGGUCGAGUGCAGAGAUACAAGAUCAUUUACCAGCCUAUCAAUGGAGAUGCCCCAGAACAGUCGACCAUGGUUGGUGGGCGGCAGAACAGUGUGGUAAUACAAAAGCUGCAGCCUGACACACCGUAUGCUAUUACCGUGUCAUCGAUGUAUGCGGAUGGUGAAGGGGGCCGAAUGACAGGACGAGGCAGAACCAGUAAGUAA